AUGGAAGAAGAACAGAAAAAGCGUUCAGCUCUAGUCCAUCAAAUAUGUGACAAAUACAAAGUAGAGUCGACACUACAGACGAUAUCAAGUAGAACUCUUGAUCAUUUGAUAGUUGAUGACGAGCAUAAACUGAUCUACUGUUUUAUUCCCAAAGUCGCCUGUACGAACUGGAAAAAGAUCAUGCUAUUUUUAAGUCCCAAAAACCGCAAUUACUCCACCCCGGAUGACAUAGAGCCAGAGACCGCUCACCAUGACAACGUGAUGAUACGUCACUUAAACAGUUAUUCCAAAACAGGGAUCGAGAGGCGACUUAAGGAGUACAUCAAGUUUAUUUUCGUGCGCGAGCCAAUGGAAAGGCUCUUGUCGGCGUAUCUCAAUAAGUUCACAAAACAUUAUGAAUCCAGUAAAGCUUUCCAACUACGGUAUGGAACACAGAUCAUUGCCAAAUACAGAAAAAACCCGUCCCCGGAAUCAAUUAAGUUUGGUCACGAUGUCACAUUCCACGAGUUUAUUCGUUAUAUUUUAGACCACGACACCUUUGAAUCCAGGCCCAUGAACGAGCAUUGGCUUCAAUUUUAUCACAUGUGUCACCCGUGUUUGAUUGACUACAAUUUCAUAGGUAAAUACCAAACACUGAUGGAGGACGCUGGAAACCUACUAAAGCUGGCAAAAAUCGAUCAUUUGGUCAGUUUUCCAGAAACCAGAUUGUCACAAGGAAGGACUCAGUCAAUAACCAAAGACUACUAUAAGCAGAUUACGUCAUCCGAAAUUCAUAGCCUUUGGCAAAUGUAUGUAGUGGAUUAUCUCAUGUUCGGAUAUACAUAUCCCAAAUUCAAAGCUAGCGAUCAGGACAAAUCUCAUGAUUAA